CAGACUGUUGCAUUGUAGCAACGACCAGCAACAGCUGAGUGAGCGGCAGACACUGAGCAGGGAAAGUGUACAGCUGUCUGUCACCUUUACCACUUCACUCUUGUUGUGCCCCAGUCUCUGACGUCUUGGCUACAGCAUGUCGUUCAUUCUUAUGAAGAAAAAGAGAUUUAAAUUUAAAGUAGACUUUGACCUGGAAGAGCUGUCAUCAAUUCCCUUCGUAAACGGAGUUUUAUUUUGUAAAGUAAGACUCCUGCAUGGAGGUUUUGCUGAAGAGUCGACUCGGGAGCAGGUCCAAGCCAACUGUGUUCACUGGAAGAGAAGAUUCUCUUUCAUAUGUAAAAUGAGUGCCAAUGCUGUGACAGGUGUACUGGACCCCUGUGUAUGCCGGGUGUCUGUGCGUAAGGAAUUGAAGGGUGGCAAAACCUUUGCAAAGCUGGGCUUUGCUGACUUGAACCUGUCUGAGUUUGCUGGAUCCGGCAGCACGACGCGGCGAUGUCUCCUGGAGGGUUACGACACCAAGAACACGAGACAGGAUAACUCAAUUCUAAAGGUUAUCAUCACCACACAACUGAUGUCUGGAGACCCCUGUUUCAAAACUCCUCCAUCUACAGCAAUGACGCUGGGAAUCCCACAGGUUGAAGCUGAGUGUCUCCUUGAGGACAGAAAGGGAGGAGACAUGCACAUAUCUCCCUCACUCACUGAGACUCCAAUGAAGUCGGUCUCAGUCCCAGACGAGUUGGUUGUGUAUGGUCACUCGAGAACACCCAGCUAUGCAAGUCAGAAGUCAAAAAUCUCAGGUUACAGCUCAAAUCACUCCAGUUUAACAGACCUGAGCCACCGGAGGAGUGCGUCAGGAGGUUCUGCCUCCACAGGCAUUGGCAGCAUCCUGGAUCCCAGUGAUCCACAGGGGAGAGAGGAGAGAGGGAGAGCAGGACGACUCCCCCAGUCUCUGCAACAGGCCAGCAUAUACUUGAACAACCCACUACCCCUCUAA